AUGGACUCUGAGGAUGACCCCCUGCUGCAGGACGUGUGGCUAGAGGAGGAGCAGGAGGAGGAAGAAGCAGCAGGCGAGGCCUUUAGCAGGGCCCAGAAGUCGAGGCCCCGUCCUGGGGCAGGGGGGCAGUGUUGCUGGCGGCGCUGGACUCUGCCUUCGGGGCCCCCAGCCACGGGCUUCUGGAGUACCCUGGGCUGGGCCUUCACCAACCCGUGCUGUGCGGGGCUGGUGCUCUUCCUGGGCUGCAGCAUCCCCAUGGCCCUGUCGGCCUUCAUGUUCCUCUACUACCCGCCCCUGGACAUCGACAUCUCCUACAACGCCUUUGAGAUCCGCAACCACGAGGCCUCGCAGCGUUUUGACGCCCUCGCUCUGGCACUCAAGUCCCAGUUUGGAUCCUGGGGACGCAACCGGCGCGACUUGGCUGACUUCACCUCUGAGACGCUUCAACGCCUCAUCUCGGAGCAGUUGCAGCAGCUGCAUCUCGGCAAUCGCUCRCGGCAGGCCGCCAGAACCCCGCGCUCGGUUCCCGCGACCGCCUGGGACACCUCCGCGGCCGAAAAGCCAGCAGCCAAUCGGAGCAGGCGUCUUCGGCGUGACGCCCCGCCCCUGGCGGAUCUGGCAGCCAACCAGAGUGAAGCCCCGAAGGACCCUCGGCCAGAUCCGAAUGGACGACGCCAGCCCAGCACCACGCCCCCCGCGGCCGUCGCGGCCAAUCAGAGCCGCUCCCGCCGGGGCGCCUCGCGCUGGGACUACUCACGCACCUACGUGAGCGCCAACACCCAGACGCACGCGCACUGGCGCAUCGAGCUCAUCUUCCUGGCUCGCGGCGACGCGGAGCGCAACAUCUUCACCAGCGAGAGGCUGGUCACCAUCCAUGAGAUCGAGCGCAAGAUCAUGGACCACCCGGGCUUCCGGGAGUUCUGCUGGAAGCCCCACGAGGUGCUCAAGGACCUGCCGCUGGGCUCCUACUCCUACUGCUCCCCGCCCAGCUCGCUGAUGACCUACUUCUUCCCCACCGAGAGGGGCGGCAAGAUCUACUACGACGGCAUGGGCCAGGACCUGGCCGACAUCCGGGGCUCUCUAGAGCUGGCCAUGACUCACCCUGAGUUCUACUGGUACGUGGAUGAGGGCCUCUCUGCAGACAACCUGAAGAGCUCCCUCCUGCGCAGUGAGAUCCUGUUUGGAGCACCCCUGCCCAACUACUACUCGGUGGAUGACCGCUGGGAGGAGCAACGGGCCAAGUUUCAGAGCUUCGUGGUCACCUAUGUGGCCAUGCUAGCCAAGCAGUCUACUAGCAAAGUCCAGGUGCUCUACGGGGGCACAGACCUCUUUGACUACGAGGUGCGCAGGACCUUCAACAACGACAUGCUGCUGGCCUUCAUCAGCAGCAGCUGCAUAGCCGCCCUGGUCUACGUCCUCACCUCCUGCUCAGUGUUCCUGUCCUUCUUCGGGAUCGCCAGCAUCGGCCUCAGCUGCCUGGUGGCGCUCUUCCUGUACCACGUGGUCUUUGGCGUUCAGUACCUGGGCAUCCUCAACGGGGUGGCAGCCUUCGUGAUCGUGGGCAUUGGUGUGGACGACGUCUUUGUGUUCAUCAACACCUACCGCCAGGCCACCCACCUGGAGGACCCGCAGCUGCGCAUGGUCCACACCAUCCAGACGGCCGGCAAGGCCACCUUCUUCACCUCCCUGACCACGGCCGCCGCCUACGCGGCCAACGUCUUCUCCCAGAUCCCGGCCGUGCACGACUUCGGCCUGUUCAUGUCGCUGAUCGUGUCCUGCUGCUGGCUGGCUGUGCUCUUCACCAUGCCCGCCGCCCUGGGCCUCUGGAGCCUCUACGUGGCACCCCUGGAGAGCUCCUGCCAGGCCAGUUGCCACCAGAAAUGCGGCCACAAGAGCUCCUUGCACUUCCCUGGGGACAUGUUUGCCACCCCUGAGCGGGCAGGGGGCAGCCCUGGCCAGGGCCCCAUGCCCUACCUGGACGACGACAUCCCCUUGCUGAGCGUCGAGGAGGAGCCGGUGUCCCUGGAGCUGGGAGAUGUGUCGCUGGUGUCCGUGCCCCCAGAGGGCCUGCAGCCGUGCCCUGGCAGGGGCAGCCGGGACCAGCUCCUGGUGCAGCUGCAGGAGCUGCUGAACCACUGGGCCCUGUGGUCCGCCGUCAAGAGCCGCUGGGUGGUCGUGGGGCUCUUCGUCUCCAUCCUUGUCCUGUCCCUGGUAUUCGCCAGCCGCCUCCGCCCCGCCAGCCGCGCCCCUCUGCUCUUCCGGCCGGACACCAACAUCCAGGUGCUGCUGGACCUCAAGUACAACCUGAGCGCCGAGGGCAUCUCCUGCAUCACCUGCUCAGGUCUGUUCCAGGAGAAGCCCCACAGCCUGCARAACAACAUCCGGACGUCCCUGGAGAAAAGGAAGCGGGGCUCUGGGGCCCCCUGGGCCAGCCGGCCUGAGGCCAGUCCGCAGGACUCSCUGGGCACCGUGUACAUCUCCAAAGUAAAGAGUAAAGGCCACCCYGCCAUCUACAGGCUGUCCCUCAACGCCAGCCUGCCCGCGCCCUGGCAGGCCGUGGCCCCUGGGGACGGAGAGGUGCCCUCCUUCCAGGUGUAUAGAGCGCCUUUUGGUGACUUCACCAAGAAGCUGACCGCUUGUAUGUCUACAGUAGGGCUGCUCCCGGCCGCGAGCCCCGUCCACAAGUGGAUGCUGACGGCCGUGGCCUGUGACGCCAGGCGGGGCUGGAAGUUUGACUUCAGCUUCUACGUGGCCGCCAAGGAGCAGCAGCACACUCGGAAGCUGUACUUUGCCCAGUCCCACAAGCCCCCCUUCCACGGGCGCGUGUGUGGUGCACCUCCCGGCUGCCUGCUCAGCGCCAGCCCCGAUGGGCCCACCAAGGGCUUCUUCUACGUGCCUAGUGAGAGAGUGCCCAAGGCCCGCCUCUCGGCCACCUUUGGCUUCAACCCCUGCGUGAACACGGGCUGCGGGAAGCCAGCAGUGCGGCCUCUGGUGGACACAGGGGCCAUGGUCUUCGUGGUCUUUGGCAUCAUUGGCCUCAACCGCACCCGGCAGGUGGACAACCAUGUCAUUGGAGACCCGGGCAGCGUGGUCUACGACAGCAGCUUUGACCUCUUCAAGGAGAUCGGGCACCUGUGUCGCCUCUGCAAGACCAUCGCGGGCAACCCCGAGCUGGUGAAGCCSGGCGGGGCCCAGUGCCUGCCCUCAGGCUACAGCAUCUCCUCCUUCCUGCAAAUGCUGCACCCCGAGUGCCGGGAGCUGCCCGAGCCCAACCUGCUGCCGGGGCAGCUGUCCCACGGGGCGGUGGGCGUCAAGGAGGGCCGCGUGCAGUGGAUCUCCAUGGCCUUCGAGUCGACCACGUACAAGGGCAAGUCCUCCUUCCAGACCCACUCCGACUACCUGCGCUGGGAGGGCUUCCUCCGGCAGCAGCUGCAGAGCUUCCCAGAGGGCUCGGCCCUGCGCCGCGGCUUCCAGACCUGCGAGCACUGGAAGCAGAUCUUCAUGGAGAUCAUAGGGGUGCAGAGCGCCCUGUACGGCCUGGCCCUGUCCCUGCUCAUCUGCGUGGCCGCGGUGGCCGUGUUCACCACCCACAUCCUGCUGCUGCUGCCUGUGCUCCUGAGCAUCCUGGGCAUCGUGUGCCUGGUGGUGACCAUCAUGUACUGGAGUGGCUGGGAAAUGGGCGCGGUGGAAGCCAUCUCCCUGUCCAUCCUGGUGGGCUCCUCCGUGGAUUACUGCGUCCAUCUGGUGGAGGGCUACCUGCUGGCCGGAGAGAACCUGCCCCCCCACCAGGCUGAGGAUGCCCGCUCGCAGCGCCAGUGGCGGACGUUGGAAGCCGUGCGGCACGUGGGUGUGGCCAUCGUGUCCAGCGCCCUCACCACAGUCAUCGCCACYGUGCCCCUCUUCUUCUGCAUCAUCGCCCCGUUCGCCAAAUUCGGCAAGAUCGUGGCGCUCAACACGGGCGUGUCCAUCCUGUACACGCUCACCGUCAGCACCGCCUUGCUGGGCAUCAUGGCCCCCGGCUCCUUCACCCGGACCAGGACUUCCUUCCUCAAGGCCCUGGGUGCUGUCCUGUUGGCGGGGGCCCUGGGGCUGGGCACUUGCCUUGUGCUCCUGCGCAGUGGCUAUAAGAUCCCUCUGCCCAGCGGGGCUGCCCUAUAG